UUCUAUUUUCUAGGUUUCGAGAGCAUUCUAGAAGGGCUGUAUGGACCAGGAUUACGUAGAGACCUCAGUUUAUUUGAUGACUGUGAACCAGAAGAACUGGUUGAUUGGUGUGUGGAUGAGAAAUGCUCAUUAUGUAGCCUUCGCAAGGAGACAGUUGACUGCACACCAUCAGGUGGUUCUGCACAGUCCACACCUACAGGGGAAGUGAUAUCUCAGGGCCAGUUCAACACAGAGAAAAUUGAAUGCCAAGCUGAAAAUUACCUAAAUGCACUCUUUCAGAAGAAAGAUCUUCCUCGGAACUGUGAUCCCAACAUUCCACUUGUAGCUCAGGAACUAAUGAAGAAAAUGAUACGUCAAUUCGCAAUUGAAUAUGUUUCAAAAAGCCGAAAAAUGCAUCAAGACAAUGGAACAAUGGUUGAUUCUCCAUUUGGCUGUAAUGGUAUCCAGCUGAACCAAACAGAAAGCUUACUUCAGGAUGAGCAGGACAGUCCUUUAGACCUCACAGUAACCCGGAUUCAGGAGCAUGCUUUUCAGGACGAAGAUGGGGUUCUGGAUCUCUCUGUAAAAAGAAAUGGCAGUGGACUAGAAGAAAACUCCAAAAUCAAAAAUCUCAAACUUGAGAGACUUCAGAGAGAGAGAGAUGACUAUUUGGACCGAAGUCCUGAAUUUGCAGACGGUUUGCUUUCAAAAGCAUUGAAGGAUGUUCAGCUGGGAACACUGGAUAUUAACAAAGCAGCCAUACUUUAUGGCAUACCUCAAAAAACUUUAAUACUUCACUUAAAAGCCUUAUCAGCAGGCAAGCCUGCAUAUUUUAAAAACACAGCUCAAAAUUGUAAUGAUGGGUAUUUAUACAAAGACAGCACCGAGACGUGUGCUGUUUUUCAAAAAGUCGCCCUGUGGGCAAAGGCUCAGGCCGAGCAUACAGAAAAAAGUAAACUCAGUCUACUUGAAACUUCAGAACUGAAACUCCCAACCGCUUCCAGUUACCUCCAUCAGUUAACUCUACAGAGAAUGGUUGCUCAGUUCAAAGAAAAAAAGGAAGUUUUGCAUUGUGAAUCUUCAGUUCCCACUGUACAGUUAAAAAUUCCUCAGGUACGAGUGAACUCUGUGCCCAAACCACAGCCCGAUUCCUCUGGUCUUCUGGAUGUGAUGUAUCAGGUUACUAAAACCUCUGGAGUUAUUGAAAAUUCAUCUCUACAAAAACUAAAAAACAUUCUUCCCAAGCAAAACAAAGUUGAAUGUUCGGGAAAUCUAACACGUUCCAACGUCGAUUCCUAUGUUGUUCAUGGAGAUCUUUCUCCUUUGUGUCUUAAUAACAAGAAUGGAGUUGGCGACACAUCUUCUGACAACCCAGAUGAUGACCGGAAAGACAAACAGCCAAGGAAAAAACGGGGUAGAUACAGACAAUAUGAUCAUGAAAUUAUGGAAGAAGCUAUAGCCAUGGUACUUGGUGGGAAAAUGAGUGUUUCUAAAGCACAAGGAAUUUAUGGCGUACCUCACAGCACUUUAGAAUACAAAGUCAAAGAACGGUCUGGAACACUGAAGAACCCUCCGAAAAAAAAGCUUCGCCUGGCAGACCCUAAUUUUGUUACA